AUGACGAUACGAAAGCAGGCGGACGACCUCCACUCGGCCCUUGCACGAGCUUGGGCAACCAAUUGCCACUCCAAGCACGAGGCGAAGCUCUUUUUGGAGGACCGGGUUGAGCAAUCAAGCCUAAGUCGCAGGCAGCAACAUACCCUUCCAAUCCAGGUCCUUCAAUGUGUUUUUACCGGGAGCAGUGCACAAGGGCAAGGCUUCUGGCACGAAUCGAGGGUCCAGAUAUUUGACGACACACAGUCGAGUCUCCCAGCUUCUGCCGUCAGCCCAAGCGGAUUCCGUAUCACCAUCAAUGCUCCCCGAGCCAGCACAUCGUCAAGGACCCAGGAUAUCGGGACUAUUUGCUCCGCGAUCGAAAAGGGCGAAGUUGAUCAACAACAUAUUGCCUUCAGUCUGACAAGUGGCUGCAGGACCGAAGUGGACGGCGGUUGUCAAGAUGCAUUUACAACCUCCCAAGCAAAAGAGACAGUUGGACUCAAAGACUUGUUAUUGUCAACUUCACAAGGUUCUGGCGGACUACUCAGAAGCGCUUGGGAUGUCAAGAUCUUGCUCGCCUUGAAUUUGGCUUCUAGCUUCCUACAACUGCUUCGGACACCCUGGAUUGCACCGGCGCUCUCAAAGGAUACAGUGACGCUUCUCCGGGCUUCAGAUGGAGAUGCCGAGAUCAGUAAGCCUCUCCUGUCGGUCUCAUUCGAGGCUCUACCGAAUAGUCCAGCGGCAAGCACAACCAAGUUCGAAUUAAAGGAGUCACUUGUCGAGCUGGGCAUCAUGCUGUUAAAAUCUGGCACGGGAAGACCUUUGAGGAGAGAUUCGGCCUCGGGUCCCGGCCCUUUGCGUCCAUUUGAGCGUCAAGGCUACGCGCUCGAGUGGCUCGGAAGCAUUCUCGAGACCUUGCCACCAUCAUACCACAGGGCUGUUUCUCAUUGCUUCACAGGGGCAACGACAGCGUCUCCGCCCCCGAAAGGCUGGGUUGACAUGAGUUUAUGGGAGAAUAUGUGUGGAAAUGUGAUUGUGCUACUUGCAAAAUUGGUCCUCACUUGA